AUGGGGUACGUCAAUCAAGAGGCGGCGGCGGCAGCGCAACGCCCUCAGACAACUACACACAACGCCGGAGACUGACAGCGGACAACAGUAAGGAGAAGACUCAUAUCAACGUCGUCGUCAUCGGCCACGUCGACUCCGGCAAGUCGACCACCACUGGACGUAAGCGCCCACCCUCCAAACGCGACCGCAAGAGUUGGACAUCACUCACACGUUCACAGACUUGAUCUACAAGUGCGGUGGUAUCGACAAGCGUACCAUUGAGAAGUUCGAGAAGGUGAGUCCACCGCCUGUCCAGUUGUCCACACCGACGCGCACGCAAAUUUUCGCCGUUUAUCGCCUGAGUGCGCUGGAGGGGCAAAAUUUGGUGGGCUGCGGCUGGUGGGGGAGCGAGAACCUUGCCACUUUGCCGCUUUCGGCCUCAGGCACCCACACCAUCCGACCUCACCCACCACCCCCAACACCCCUUCAUCGACGCAUUGGGCCUCCACGACAACACCCCUCCUUCAUCUUCCCCUUCACUUCGUUGUCACAUGCAAGCACUCUUGGAACACACCGCUGACAACGCUAUCUCCCACAGGAAGCCGCCGAACUCGGCAAGGGUUCCUUCAAGUACGCAUGGGUCCUCGACAAGCUCAAGGCCGAGCGUGAGCGUGGUAUCACUAUCGACAUCGCUCUGUGGAAGUUUGAAACGCCUCGAUAUUACGUAACUGUACGGGGACUCUUCGCUGCCGCCGUCGCUGUCGCAACAUCCGCUAACCCGUGAAAGGUCAUCGACGCUCCUGGUCACCGUGAUUUCAUCAAGAACAUGAUCACUGGUACCUCCCAGGCUGACUGCGCCAUUCUCAUCAUUGCGGCCGGUACUGGUGAGUUCGAGGCUGGUAUCUCCAAGGAUGGCCAGACCCGUGAGCACGCUCUGCUCGCCUACACCCUCGGUGUCAAGCAGCUCAUCGUCGCCAUCAACAAGAUGGACACCACCAAGUGGUCUGAGGACCGUUACAACGAGAUCAUCAAGGAGACCUCCAACUUCAUCAAGAAGGUCGGCUACAACCCAAAGACCGUCCCCUUCGUCCCCAUCUCUGGCUUCAACGGCGACAACAUGAUCGACGCCUCCACCAACUGCCCUUGGUACAAGGGCUGGGAGAAGGAGACCAAGACCAAGUCUACUGGCAAGACCCUCCUCGAGGCCAUUGACGCCAUCGACCCACCUCAGCGUCCCACCGACAAGCCUCUCCGUCUCCCACUCCAGGAUGUCUACAAGAUCGGCGGUAUUGGCACGGUCCCAGUCGGUCGUGUCGAGACCGGUGUCAUCAAGGCCGGUAUGGUCGUCACCUUCGCCCCGGCCAACGUCACCACCGAAGUCAAGUCCGUCGAGAUGCACCACGAGCAGCUCACCGAGGGUCUUCCCGGUGACAACGUCGGCUUCAACGUCAAGAACGUCUCCGUCAAGGAGAUCCGUCGCGGCAACGUCGCCGGUGACUCCAAGAACGACCCGCCAAAGGGCUGCGACUCCUUCAACGCCCAGGUCAUCGUCCUCAACCACCCAGGUCAGGUCGGAGCUGGAUACGCCCCAGUCCUGGACUGCCACACUGCCCACAUUGCCUGCAAGUUCUCCGAGCUCCUCGAGAAGAUCGACCGUCGCUCCGGCAAGUCCAUUGAGCAGUCUCCCAAGUUCAUCAAGUCCGGUGACGCCGCCAUUGUCAAGAUGGUUCCAUCCAAGCCAAUGUGUGUCGAGGCCUUCACCGACUACCCUCCUCUCGGUCGUUUCGCCGUCCGUGACAUGCGUCAGACGGUAGCUGUUGGCGGAAGUGGCCCCCAGAAAAAAAAAAUCUUGAACCAUGCUAACAAAUUUUACAGGUCAUCAAGGCCGUCGCCAAGUCCGACAAGGCGGGUGGCAAGGUCACCAAGGCCGCCCAGAAGGCCACCAAGAAAUAG